AUGGGUAUCUGUGGUGUCCUUCACGAUACCAAGGAGACCUUUGUAUGCUCCCUUCUUGACAAUAACGGUCUGCUCUAUGGCUCUGUCGCGACCGAACUUCUGAGGCUGCGGGGGCUUGUUCUCGGCGCCAUUCUUGUGGAGCUUCAGAGCUGGGUUCAUGGCAUUGAGAUCGGGGGUGGAGGAUGCAGCGUUGACUCGGCCACCCUUGGCAGCGAUGGUGUUGACCAUGCUAGCCUUGGUAACGAACACACCGGCGUUCUCAGUGCUGUCAUUGCGGUGGAUGUGGAUGAUUUUUCCUUGUCGUUGCUGGCCCGUGGCCUCUUUGACAACAUCGUCCAAUCUGAUUUCGGAACCACUGCGGUCAGCAGCAACAGCUUGCUUUCGCUUCGGCAGCUUGUUGGGGAUCUAUUCACGGUCCACCUUGACGAUACAACCCACGGUGGUAGGGUCGAGCUGUACCAGAUCUUGCAACUCGAACUGCCCGAGAGAGCCCUGCCCACCGAUAUCACUAGCCUCACGCAAGUCCUUGCUGAAGACAGUGACUUCAGUGUUGGUCUGAUCCGUAAGGAGAGUCACACGAUCCUCGGAAAUCUUGACCACGGUACCGACCUCGUCACGGAACUUGCUGCCACCAAUGACCUUGACGUGGUCACCAAUUCGAAAGCGCUUCCGCAGUCCCUUCGUAGGCACUUCGAUGGUUUGUCCAGCAAGGUCGCCCUCAGUCACCGACAUCGUGACGAUAUCGCCCUGUACGUUCGUUGCCUUGCCUACGACACCUUUUUGCUCUCCAGAGUACACUUCAAUAAUGUCACCAGGGAGGUAGGUAACCAUCUUGUUGCUGUCCUUCAAACUUGCCGCCAGGGCCUUGAGGUCAAGGUUCUCAGUACCAUCUUCUGCUCCGGAUGCGAAUCGCGUAACUUCUUCGAGCGACGGGUUUACCUCUGUCACCACGAGCUGUUGGAUCUUGACAUCCUUGACACAGAAUCCUCUCUGGGGGGGUUUGGGCCCAGUGCCGGGGAAGCGCUUCCUCUUCCCAUCAGCCCCAGCAGUCAGGGAAUCGUCUCUCACACCGUAAUCCAGACGGGGGAUAUAGCGGACUCGUGCCUCCAGCCCGUUCUCGGUAACGUCGAUAACUUGUGCAAGGUCACCGUUGUACUUGAAGGGUCGGCGAAGGCGCACCCAGGCACCAGGCUCCAAGCUCGAGUCCUUGGUAACGCGGAAGAGUUCAGGCAUGACCAUCUUGGAACGCGGGUACACGUUGAGCAUGCCGUCGAGGGCCUUCAUGAUAUCGUUCUGGCGCUGGGCUUCCACGUAGAUGAAGCCCUUCAUGACGGACUGCGCACCACCUCGCUCGAACGCGGCAGUAAUGGCAAGUUCGUCUCUCGUGCCCUGGCGCUCCUCGAUUCUCUUCAUGAUGGAGAAGACGACCUCACGCUCCUUGCCUUCCUUGCACCGGACUCCCCAGAUGCUCGGGUCAUCCACGCUAGGGAGCAGGAGACGCUUGGGGACAACGGCCGAAUCGCCGAGACCCUUAGUCGGGCGGCGGUUUCCGUAGCGCUGGCGAAGGAUCUCGGCCUGCUUCUCGGCAUCGAGACUCGAUUCCAUCUGUCUCUGACGGUCGAGCUCGCGAUGUCGUCGGUCGUCGUCAAAGCGGUUCGUGUCAGCGACAUCAUCAGGAUGGGCGUUGUCGAUGAAGCCCUCUAUUUCUUCGCCGUCUCGUUCCUCAUCCUCGCCUUCGUCUUCGUCAUCGACUUCGGCUUCGAUAUCGAAGAGAGCAAUCGGCAGGCGCUGGGUUGA